AUGGUGGGGCUGCCAUAUGAUUGCCUUGCAAACCCACUGGGAGCCGUCCGGUUGACAUUCGAGAGAGUAGUGGCCUCCGGCUCGGAUUCUGCUGCACUUGAUGGCAGCGACUGGGGCGCCGCCGAUCUCUUCCGUCAGUUUAUAUAUGAUGAUGGCGGUCUCUCUCAGGUGCCAUUGCUUAACCCAUCGACAAUUAAAUGGGUUCUGCCUAACACACUUGUUCGCUUUCGUGGUAUGGUACAAGACAUGUUGGGCAAUGAAUACUAUGUUGGUGCUUACAAGGAUGGUGACAAGUGGAGAACAAAUAAGUUUGCCGAUGUUUCCCAAUGUCCUGUGGAUGCUUCAUCUGAUAUGCGAAUUUGGGAGCGCCGACUACUUUAUUGUGUACCUGUUCCAGGGCAGAACUCAUGGGUUGAAUCUUCUAAUGAAGCCAUGAAGAAUGUAUACACAAAUUAUAUAUCCCCACAAAGGGAGAAGCGCCAGAGGGAAAAUGGUGCAAAUAUGAGAGAUGUUGAUGUUGUGGUACCCCUUUUGGAUGAAGGAUUGGCUCCAGAGUCGUUAAACUUGCAGAAUACUGUAUCUGAAGGAAGCUCUACUAGCUCUGGUUUGGUUCCUGUUGAAAAGAGUUCUUUCUCCUGUCUAGUGAAGAUAUAUGACUCUCCAGAAACCAACUUGAAGCUAAAUGAUGUUUUUGAGUUUGUUGGCAUCUUUACUUUUGACCCGGAUCUCACUGUAAAACGAGAAGAUAAUGAUGAACUGGCAGAGAACUUUGAAGAUUCAUUACUUCAUCUACCUCCUACCAAGGUGCCUCGACUUCACUGUGUUUUACACCGGAAGCUUGAGGCUACUGAUUAUAUUUUGAGCCCUCAGUGGGAAUUAACGCCCAGUGCAAUUAAAGAAGUUCGUGAAUCUCUUAUUGGACAUCUUGCUGCUGUUCUUGGAAAUGACAGGAUGGCAGCUCAAUAUAUGUUAUUGCACCUGUUAUCCAGGGUGCACACAAGAGUAGAUUCAAUUGCUGUAGGCAAGUUAUCUCUAAAUCUCACUUGCCUUGGCAAAGAAAGUAUGUCUGUGUUUGGGAAUCAUCUCAAAUGUGCUAUAGAGAACCUUGUACCAUUCACGCAAUGCCUGCCUCUUACAAUCGAUUAUCUCAACACUGUUUCCCUUGCCCCAAAGAAGGAUUACAGCACAAACAGGUUGGUAUCUGGGUUUCUGCAGUUAGCUGAAGGUUCACACGUAAUCAUUGAUGAGACCCUAUUACAGACAGGAAUCCUGAACUCAACUGGGGUUGAAAAUGCAAGAAUUUUGAAAAACAUGAUGGAGUUGCAGAAGGUUGAGUAUGAUUUCACAUAUUAUAAGAUGGAGAUGGCUGCGAAUAUUCAACUGCUGAUCCUGUCUGAUGGGAAAUCAAACAUCCUGCCAGCUGAUCUUGUUCUCCCUCUUCAUCCAUCUUCAGUCGGGUGCAGUUCAGUAGUGAAUGAGGAAAUGUUGAAUGCUUGGAGAUGGUAUUUGGCUACCAUGAAGUCACUCUGUCAUUCGAUUGAGCCACAUAUGCAGAAGAUUGUCGAAGAUGAUUUAGUUGCUGCCAGGCAAGCUGACAGAAGUUUAGGCACCCAUGAAUUCAGCAGAUGGCUUACAAUGGGGCGCCUCAUGUCGGUGAGCUUUGGUGAGACGAGUCUGUCGAUGGAGCACUGGCAGAUGGUGAAAGAACUCGAGAGGCUCAGAAAGGAGAGACUUGGCUGA